UUGGCAUAUAUUUGAAUAAAUACGGAAGCCUACUUCAAUACGAUAUCAUAACUUUAAUUUAAUCACUAUCAACUUCCUGAUAACAAAUAUCGUUCAACUUGUCAAGAUUUUCAAAUUGUGAGUAUUAUUGAUAAAAAUAGUGGAUUUCUCGAACAACGAAACAAUGCAUAUGACCUUUUGACCCGAACUGUGUACGACAUGCACUUAACAUUAAGAAAUGGAGAAUGAAGAGAAAACAUCUUCGCCGUUUAUUGAAAAUAGUGAUAACGGUCACAGCAAAGAAAGAGAAAAUGUUCCAUGCUGUUGUUCUCAAAGAUGGAUAUUAGCUUACACUGCAUUCUUCGGUUUUUUACUUGUGUAUGCUUUACGUGUCAACAUAAGUGUGGGAAUAGUGUGUAUGGUCAGAAUAAAUGACACAAGUAGUCAACAAAAUAAUACAGAUCUCACAUGCGUACUUGAAACAACUAAAAGGGAAUAUGAUCGAGCAGAGUUUGACUGGGAUAAAAACUUACGAUCAACAAUCCUAGCUUCAUUUUUCUACGGUUAUAUUGUUACUCAAAUUCCAGCAGGAUGGUUUUCAGACAAAUUUGGCGGGAAACGUGUAUUUGGUGUUUCUAUGGCAAUAUCAGGGCUAGCGACAGUUCUACUUCCUGUCUGCGCAAGAACGUCUGUAAUACUUGUAUAUGUCAUGCGAGUCAUAGUGGGGCUCGGUACGGGUACUGUGUUUCCCGCUCUCCAGUCAAUGUGGGGACGAUGGGCGCCACCCUUGGAGAGCAGUAAGCUGGUUUCUGUAGGAUACAUGGGAACUAUGUUUGGUACAACUAUUACUUUCGCUACUUCCGGUGUCCUAUGUCAGUAUGGAUUCGACAAUGGAUGGGGUUCGAUAUUUUAUCUUACAGGAGGAUUAACAUUUAUUUGGGUGAUAGCUUGGUUUAUUCUGACUGCUGAUACUCCAGCAGAACAUCCACGUAUAACUGAAGCUGAGAAAAACUAUAUCGAGUCAUCCAUUGAAUAUGACACACACAUACGGUCUGGAAAGGCUCCAUGGAAGGAAAUAAUUAAGUCACGUGCUUUGUUCGCUUGUGUUGUUGCCCACAUGUGUAAUAAUUGGCAGCUAUAUACACUCCUGACUAGCCUACCUACCUUCAUGAAAGCGGUGCUCAAAUUUGAUAUAAAAAGCAACGGUGCAUUGUCUGCAGUGCCUUAUAUUUGCCAGGCAUUUGGUGCUUUUGCUGGUGGACAGCUUGCUGAUAUGUUACGAUCAAGAGGAAUAUUGUCUACAACUGCAGCUAGACGUCUGUUUGAACUUAUAGCAUUUUUUGGAACUGGUGGAUGUCUCGUUAUCACAGGGUUUAUAACAUGUGACGAUCGACAGUACGCAGUUGUCUGUUUAGCAUUAGCGGUUGGAUUUUCAGGUCUUGUUAGAGCUGGACAUAUAGUGAAUCAUGUAGAUUUUGCUCCCAAGUAUGCUGGGAUUAUGUUUGGUAUAACAAAUACGUUUGCAACAAUUCCUGGUAUGAUAGCGCCUAUUGUUGCGGGUGCUCUUACACCGAAUAAUACUCAAGAAGAAUGGAGAAAUGUAUUUUACGUGUGUGCAGGUUUUACAGUAUUUGGUGCUAUAAUUUUCGCUACAUUCGUCAGUGGUGAAGUUCAAGACUGGGCCAGAGAUCACGAUGACCCACCAAAAGAAGAGCAAAUUCGCCGGGCUUCUUCAUUUGUUGUACCAGUAUCGAGCUGAAGUGGUGGUGAAAAGGAAUCCUCUUUCUGAACAGCAAUUAUAUCGCUGUGAAUGGAACAUUCUUGUUGUAACUAUAAUUGAAAGUGUUACCAAAGAGGAACAUAAGUACAGUGAACUAGCACCAAGGCGUCGUGAUUUUUUAUGGAUAUUAUCAAAUUGUCAAGUAUCCACUGACAGACCUGAAUUUUUAUUCACAUAUAUUAUCCUGUUUGCGUUCGUGCAUUUUUAGCCAUGGCGUUGUCAGUUUGUUUUAGAUUUAUGAGUUUGACUGUCCCUUUGGUAUCUUUCGUCCCUCUUUUGAAAGUUAAUCGCAUUUUAUAUUAUUAAUAAAAAUUAAG